CCUUAAUCCAUUACGCGGGAUCACGGGCUGUGCAUGACAUGCCAAACACAAUGUCUUGUGUCUCGUGACGUGGGAAAGCGAUCACUUUAUGACCUUCAUGCAUGUGGCUGCCCCUUAUGCUUGCGACGCCCGUGGCAUUGUGUGCGACAUCCGACGGCAGGCAUCGCACGAACUACCCGUUGGCUGGAAAGGAAGGAGGACAGACAUUCACGUCGUCAUCAAGACAUACUCACCCAUGCCACCCGAUGUACACACGACAUACCAACACGACUCUCCUUCCAUCUCCUGUCUGUCACUGUCUCUGGCGAUGGACAUGACACCCUCGCUACGCCCCCAAGGCAUGGAGGGCGAGGCGGAGGUGUCACAUCCGUGCGUCAGCGGCAGCCAACGAAACAAGAAGAAAUCUCUUAGUGAAUGCAUUGAUUGAUACAUUAGGAGCAAAACUACACCGAAAAAGGGAGAGGCUUCUCCGGGGCAUACCCUCUGCUAGACUGUACAAGGACACACAGCUCUCCUCUCUCGCUGGGAAAAAGGCAGCCGCCUUUUGUACACACGAGAGAGACGCUAGCCAGCCACACAUGUCGGUCGGUAGGAUUGAAAGCAAACGCCCGUCAUAAGUACUGGUGACUCAGAUACCAGCUGCAGGACACACACACAGAGGAACGAACACGUAGAGGAAGACUGAACGCAUUGCGUUCGAGUGUUCCGUACUUUCUUCGUCUUCCUCCUCGCAUUUGCCCUUGUGGAAGAUGGCGUGGCCCAACACCAACACGGCACUCAUACCUGACACACACAAACACAAAACAAAGACGUACGACAGAGACAGGUCCCAUUCAAGCCGUCUCCCUCCCUCCCUCCCUCCCUCCCUCCCGGACACGUACCAAUGAUGGCGAAAACAACGGUCCCAGCGAAGAGGAACACCAGUAGCAGCGACACGGCCGCCAGGGCCACCUGUGCGUGCACCUUGGCGAUGCUGUGGUCGCCGAUCUUGAUGCUCGACGGCUGGCUGAGCAGCCAGAACCAUGCGCCGCCCAAUAUGACCGCCAAAAUCAGCAGGUGCCAGUUCAGCAGCUGCAGUUAGACACACGCACAGAGGCAAGGCCGUCACCGGCGUGUCUGUCUCGUCUGUCUGUCUGUCUGUCUGUCUGUUGUUGUCCUUACGACGGCGAUGCAGCCGACGGCAGCGCACACGAGGAUGUAGUUGACGGCAAAGAACGAGAGGUUGCCUUCCAAACGCGACUUGACCUCUGCUGACGACGUGGGCUUGGCGAACUGUUCCUUGUUCAGAAACUCACUGUCCUGCAGACACACAGACACACAGGCAGCAGAAACACUAAAGCACAGCACUCAGCGAGGCUGCCUUGCUUGGCAGCAGCUCACCCAUGGCCGCAUCGUCUGCAGGUGUGUCUUGAUGGUCUUGGUGAGCUCAGCAGCUCGCUCGUUCAUCUUGUCGCCGCUCAUGAGGCCCACCGGAUUGCUCUGGCUGCCAAUCACCGACGGCAGGAUCCGCUUGGUCUCGCUCAUCCGACUCCAAACAGCGCUUAUCUGACUGAGGGCUUUUUCAACCCGAAAAGUCUUGGAAAAG